UCCAAAACUAACCACCCAAACUGUGAUCUUAGCUUCAUAGACUUGUAUUCAUUCCGUGGAUUAUCGUCAGACAUCUCGACCAGAGUUCGGAUCCUCCCAGAGAUCAUGAAGAUGGCCGACGUCACAGAUAAACACGUACACUGUGCUAUGCUCGGGGACGGUAUGGUGGGCAAAACCUGCCUCACCUUGUCCUACACGGAGAAAUCUUUUACAGAAACGUACACAGCAACUGUUUUCGACAAUUAUCCAGUUCCACUGCAGGUCGGUGGCCAGGAUUUUGUCAUUAGUCUCUUCGAUACUGCUGGACAGAGUGACUUUGAAGACUUGAGAGCGUACACGUAUAAAGAGAGCGAGGUCCUGGUUCUGUGUUUCUCCGUCUGCGACAGAGAUUCCUUUUCCAGUGUCUGCAAUUCCUGGGUGCCAGAGAUCAAACGACACACCAAACGCAGACGUCCCGUCAUCCUCGUGGGCACACAAAUUGACAUGCGCAAUGGCAACGAAGGCGAGGUGUCCACCGAGGAGGGUGAGGCAAUGGCCAAGGCCAUAGGAGCCGACUGUUACAUCGAAUGUAGCGCCAAGAGGAAGGACGGUCUGAAGGAGGUCUUCGAGCAUGUUGUGUUCUCCGCUCUCAAAUUCAGGAAGAAGAAGGUCAACAUUAUCGGCCGCUUCUUCUCCAGGUGAACUUUGAACUGUUUCUUCUAGAAAGAUGAAAGACGAGAUAAUCUAUCAACGUAAUUUCACCGCGAAACGAAAGGACGCCCCAGUUUCCUGUUGGUGAGCGCUAACAUAGCUGCACCUUCUAGGGGGAGGGUCCUACACUGAUGCCUUAUUUUGCAGUGAGCUUUCACGCGCCAAGUUCAAGGUUGCUCCAGAGUCGUGUUGAACGCAUAGUGAGUACAUUUGUUUGGAGAUUUCUGCUCACAGAAGAUGCAGCAGACAAUGAACAUUGUAAUCUGGCGUGGACUUGGUAUCUGAUAUUGCUUGAAACACGCCCUUUGUGUACUCUCGCUUAAACAAGAACUCAAGGUUUUAUGUCAGUAACUUUAUUCUUUCACAUCUUUUAAAAUGUGCUUACAAAUAGUUUGAAUGGAGUGUUUAUUUUUUAUCAUCCACAUAGAAAACAAUUUUAAAUGUAAACUUAAGGUUUUUUUUUUGUAACAUGACAAGUCUAGUGUAUCUUGUAUGUAGAGUAUUCAGUUUUCUGUAUCAAAUUCUAAGUUGGUUAAUUGUGUCUAUUUUCCCAGGGGUCUUGUCACUUCAUUGCCUUACUGUUAUAUUGUUACAUGCCUUGACUAACCCCACCCCCAACCCAACCCCCCACCCCCAAAUCAUCGUUCAUGAACGGGCUUUGAACCACACUGUAGCCACAAGUUGCUUGGUCGAGCUGGUCUCACACCACAACUUUCCACACUUUGCCUUGUAUACAUAGAUCAACUUGACUGACAGCCCAAGUCACUGACUGACUGACAGCCCAAGUCACUGAUAGACCUACGACAACCCCAGUCACCAAAACGACUGACUGACAACCCAGUCACUGAAAUGACCUGUUGAUAAGUCAUUUACUUGAUCUGAUUCAGCUCCCGUCAUCGACUUGACUCAUAGACAUCCCAAGUCAUGACUUGACCAACUGGUCCAAGUCAUGUUAUUACAUCUAGAUGUGUAAGCUGCUUGAUAAAAUGUAGAGCUUAAGCUUACAUGGAUGACCGUCCAGUGGAGCUUAAGCUUAGAUGGAUGACCGUCCAUUCCCUUAAACAACUCAGACAUUCGUCAUUUUUAUCUGUGGCCUAUUUGUGUUGUGUCGCACAUACUGCUUUCAUUGUUAACAUAUUUUUUACAAUAUUUGACAUGUUAUUUUUAACAUUGAAACUUUCCACGACUUGUCCAUUUCAUUGGAUGAAUUUUUUUUUUUUAAUGAGCCAAACUUGUGAUAGACUUUUAUAAAGUUCCACUCUAUUUAUGUAACGGUCAGACCUCUGACGUCACGGAAUGGGCGAGGGAUGAAUGCGAGUGAGGAAGGAAAAAGCAAUCGAUAAUGCCGGGUCAUGUGACCAGGGAUGGGCAUGCCUGGAACAAGUGGCUUGUGGGAGUACGGUGAUGCCAGUGGAGGCGUGGGUCAGUUCUGUGACCUAAUUUCCGUUUUCUUGGCGUCUGCGACCUAAAUGUUGUGCGGGGAGCGAAUGGCUCGCGAUGAUUGCACGUGUAAAAAAACAUUGGAUGAGAAAUUGGAUGCGAGGAUUUUUAACUGAUUUGAAUGUUUGAAUGGCUCUAAUGUAAAAAGAUAAAAACCAGUAUAAUGAUAAAAUGAUUGUAUAUUUUAAAUAAUUGAAGUUGUAAAUGUAUAAAUGCGAAUCUCAAGUGAUCUAUUGAUAGCUGUAUACGUGUAUGAGAUGGACCAGUACGGUGCUGUGUGAUAUUACUAGUGUGCAAUACUCAUAUCUCUAUUGUAUUAUUACGGUGCAAUAUUGUGACCAACGGUGCUGUGAUUAUUUUGAUUACCAUGAUCUUGAUACAAACAAAAUAAAAUAUA